AUGAUAGCGGCUUCUGAACCUCUGGAGUUUGUACCUCACGGUAGAACUGUGUUAACGAAGCAUCCCAGCAAGAUCUACAGCAAAGGACACAAUGUCUCGUCUGAGCAAUCUCUUGUGUAUAAAUUAUCCAACUUUGCUAUCAAGGAGGAAAGUCUUGUGGAAGACGAGGAAUGGUGGUGCAUCAGAGAAGUAUAUUAUAGAGUUGAAGAAGAGAAAGAUUACUUGGAAGAAUUACAAAAGGAACAAAAAAAUGAAUAUAUGGAUUCCUUUCGUCCUCCGAGCAGACUAAAGAAUGAUUUCAAUAUAUCUAUCAAAUCUGAACUAUUGAGUGGUUUACGUAAGGAUGAUAUUCCAUCAGCAGGCCCAUCCAGAGGCAGCAGUGCUAAUAGUUCUAGCAAUAUGUCUAAAAAGUUUAAUUUGACAAGCUCACAGAACAAAGUGCCAAGGUCAAGACCCUUGAACCCUAAAACUGAUUGCUAUUAUGAAGAGGAAUUGUAUAUUAAAGGCAGAACUGCUGUUUGGUCUAAAGGUUUAAUUUCAACUCCAGCUACAAAACUGUCAGGCCCUGAGCAUAGAGAGACAAUCGCCUGUUAUACCAUAGACAAUCCAAUCAAACAUGCAACUUUUGCAGACUUUCACGUCGAAAUUAACAACACAAUGCUUAUAGAUGCAUUAAAUUCACAAAUCGGAGAUGUCAAGAAAAAUAUAAAAAUUGAAGAUACUACAGAACACAUUGAGAGCAAAGUUAUGCCAUCAAUACUACUGAUUGAUAAUAAAUGUAUGAGAGUGUACGCAACCGACGGUCGGGAGUAUAUAGCGAGCAUUCCCUUCCAAGUGAAGAAAGUUUGGCCUAUGAAAUACGGCGUGUUGCUUGAAAAGGACGCCACACCGAUUCUACAUAACUCCAUGCUAGCUACAUCGUUGUUAAAAUUAAACGAAUCUCAAAACAGCACGUUUUCAAAAUCUCGUACAUUUCCAUUGAACAUGAGCGCGAGAUUGAGAGCUGAGUCUAUAUCUGGUUACGAUCAGGAAUAUCCUUUACCAACCUGCUUCUCACUAUCACAUCCAUUAGAUGAAGUAACGCCUAUAUUAAUGAAAUCCCCGGCCCAAGGCCUUCAAUAUUACAACGAUGGUGACAUUCAGAUCAUCUUCGUCAGUACAACGCCUAGCAUAAUACUCUUGUACGACUGGAAAUUACAAACGCAUUCCUUGUGGAAGAUCAGGAAAGCUGUACGCGAAGAAUGCCUAGCGAUGUGUCCAAAUAUGAAUUCGUCCACAGUAUUCAGCCAAUCUUGCGAUUUCGUCAGCAGUCCAAUGCACAGUUUGAGGAAUACAACAAGUUGGACAGCCGGCAGUCCGUAUCAUUCGAAGAAAAUGCCAGCCACACCAACAAGAUCGCGACAAAAUAGCCCAAUGGCAAAAAUUUUUCACCAGCAAGGCCUAUCGCCGCAUACGUCUAUCGGUCAAGCCAGUUCGACUUCUAUGGCAGCCAAUACGAUGGCCCAAACUCUGCCAUCGUUGCCGUUAUAUCCUGAUAUAUGUUUGGAUCACAUUUGGACGGACAGUCAAGUCAUAAAGCGUGAUCCGGUCGAGUCACCUAACGAUAUAAAGGCCUUCCUCCAUACAGAUUUGGUCGGACAUGACUACUUAUGCUUCAUGGUCAAAAUGAGUGGAGUUACUCGACUCCAAAUUGUCAGACUGAAAAAAUCACGUUCUCAUGGACAAGCGUUUAAAACGAAUAUAAUAGUUGGUUCUAUAUCAUCCGUUUUGGCAAAAGAUGCAGUUGUGUUGGAUCAUUUGAAAAUGAUCGCUCUGAUUGAUGAAACUGGCAACAUUAUACUGCAGUCGGGAAAUAACUUCGUUGGGAAGGUGCACGUAGGAGGUAUCCUCGCUCGUCUAAUCGAUUCUCCAUAUACAAAACGCACCCACGUAGGUCGCGCGUCACUCCCGUCUCCUUUUCCUCGUCGCAGUAGUUUACUUCCAUCCCGCGAACCUCCUUCUUUUGAUGACUCAGCGCUGCACCUACUAUCGCCGGUACCUCAUUCCAGCACUUCCAGGUGUGAAAGGGAUAUAGGUGUCCGAAGUCUAUGCGACGCGGUGGGCGCUCGUAUGUCGGUCCGCUCGGAGGCUGGUCAGUUGUAUCGCAUCGCUCUCCCACAACCAGCCAGCUCGCCGAGGGUAGCCGCCUGCUGCGCUGCACUUACUGCUGCAUUACCAGAGGACAUCACUAUGCAGGUUAUCAUAAAGUGGUACGGAGUCCGCAAUGCUCCGGGAACACAGGAUUUGACGCCUGAACAGGAAUGGAUGAUGUUUUCGAAUCUAAUACUGUCAUUAAUAGGAUACGAUGUAGAAAAACUAACUCAAAGCAAAUACAGUGAGGAGGAACAGGUCGAAGUAGUUACGAAGAAGCAGAGGACGUCCAGCGAUGGGUCACAAGAUGAUUGGGAAUACAUGUUGAACUCAAAAAUGCACAAAACAAUAGGAAACUCCCUAGCGAAUAUGUUGAAUUUGAACAAAUUACAGGCUGAAACGAGGCAAUGUAGGACUAAGAGGAAAGAGCCCUUCGAAUGCGAAAAAACGAGCCAAUUUAACACAAACGGCCUAUUGUUUCCAUACACCUUACAAGUCUUCUACGCCUUUCAUUUAGUGUAUGAAGAUAUAAAGCUGAAUACUCUUCUAUCCAGCGAUUUGAAGCCUCUAAGCGCGUUUUUGUACCAAAUAGCGAAGGACCUAUGUCUGGAUAGAUAUGUCAAUCACUACUGGCUAGAUUUUCCAAUGGAUUAUAAUUUCGAAUACGAUGAAAACGAAUCUCAAAUAACCGAAGCGGUUUUGAAGAAGCUGACACAACUCAACUAUUUCACUAUCGAGCCGCCGAAUAUUUUCGGCUAUAUAAACUCGAUGCUGAAGGAUUUAGACGUUGGCUAUUAUCCAUAUAUGGCGGAUGUUAAUAAUAUGUCACGAGAUGUUAUAGAGAUAAUAUCGACAUCUGGUUUAGCGUCCGGCGUUAUCCGUACAGUGGGGUCGCGCGAUACAGUAAGUGCAUCAAGUACCCCACGAGCACGCACGCCCGCACCACGACCACACUCGCAAGCUGUGCUGCUCGCUGUAGAUAGAGGUAUAACUCCCCGUCAUAUGGACAACUUGCCGCCUGCGGUGUCACUCUUGCUGCAGAGUAUCUUCUCCAACUGCCGUUCGGACCCCCCUGGCUGCUCUGCCGCUUACAGUCUAGUCAUGAGAGAGGAUUUGGAGCUACAAACAAGAGUAGGGGAAGCCAUCAGAGAUAGGGACGAAUAUAUGGAGUCCCUAGCAUUGGAAGUGUUAGAAAAAGAGACAGCAUACACUCAGUUACCUCACACUCAUGAAGAACCAGCUCUUAAGGGCGAAGAUGACGCACAUACUGGAAUGGAACAUUUGAAUACAAAGUUAUUAAGUCUUCUGUACCCUAAAGAUCAUAGGAUGACAGAAGUGUUCAAUAUUCUUCAAUCCUCUAUACCGGUGAACAUCAAUCUAACACAACGACCAGAAAUAUCUGAUCAUGAUUUCAUAGAGGAACAAGAGAAAUAUUUGUACGCCAUAAGUACUAGAACAACGGCAUUACCUGUUGCUAGAGGUAUGGUGACUCUUCGUAGUCUUCCCUGUUCGCCAACAGAGCCUCUAUCCGCCGCUCGUCUGUGUGUGACCGGACGUGGUCCUCCGCCCCGUAGGGCUGCUAUAACCAUUUCCGGUGGGGAUUCCCCCCCUCAUUGUCUACUAUGGCCUUCCUUCCACAAUGGCGUCGCAGCCGGCCUAGCUUUAGUGCCAUUGACGGGAACCACUAUCAGAUCUACAUGGAUUCUGUUUAAUAAACCACGAGGUGCUCAAGACUUAACAACAGAACACGCUGGUUUUCUCCUAGCGCUGGGUUUGAAUGGUCAUUUGAAGGACAUGCCCUUCAUGAAUAUGUAUGAAUACCUCGUCAAAUGUCAUGAGAUGAUCAGUAUUGGAUUACUGUUGGGAUUGGCUGCUACUUAUAGAGGUACAAUGGACGUCCAAGCUACUAAGAUGAUGUCUAUCCACCUGGAACCGCUAUUGCCAGCGACCUCUGUAGAACUGGACAUACAACAGGGCAUACUAGUGGCAGCUCUGCUGGGGGUGGGGCUUUUGUACCAGGGAACAGCGCAUGCGCACUACGCACGAGUACUGCUAGCUGAGAUCGGCAAGCCUCCCGGGCCGGAGAUGGAAAAUUGCGUUGAACGUGAAGGGUAUGCGUUAGCAGCGGGUCUAGCUUUGGGUAUGGUGUGUCUGCGAGCGGCGCCCGCUGUACAUUUAGCGCAUUUAGCGCCCGCACUGAGGACCUACAUGUUAGGAGGAGAACGGAGCCAAGGUUCACAGAAAGAGAAGUACAAGAAUAGUUCCUUCGCGGUCCGCGAGGGGGCAGUGAACCUGGAUGUGACGUCACCAGGCGCGACCGUAGCCCUAGGGCUCCUGUAUCUUCGUUCCGGGAGCACCGCUGUCGCUGACCUACUGGCGCCGCCUCAUACAGCCUACAUGUUGGACUAUGUGCGACCUGAUCUGCUCAUGUUGAGGGUCAUUGCGAGAGGUCUUGUUCUAUGGGACGACAUAGAGCCGACUGAAGAAUGGGUUGAGAAUCAAGUCGCUGAAUCUAUACGGAAAUACUGCUUCGUUAAACCCGUAGAAGAAAAUGUUGAUUACGAAGCUAUGAACCAAGCCUAUUGUAAUAUAAUAGCGGGCGCGUGUUUCGCUCUGGGUCUUCGUUUCGCCGGUACUGGAGAUGAGGAAGCUCGUGACGUCACGUUGUGUUUCGCGGACCGAUUGUUAAGACUUGGAGGGAAGCCAUUAGCUGACCUUGUGGGACCUUCUACAUUGGAGGCCUGCACUUGUGUUUGUUUAUUGGCGGCUGGGAUGAUUAUGUGCGGUCGCGGUGAUUUAUCAGUGUUGCGUGUGUGUCGUCGCCUGCGUGUGCGAGUGCCGGCGGCGCGUGUCGCUAACACUGUGGCGCCUCUCACUCACGGAGCUCAGAUGGCGGUCCACAUGUGUGUCGGUCUGUUGUUCCUGGGUGGGUGUCGCGUCUCUCUGUCUCGUUCCCCCGAGGCGACAGCGGCUCUUAUAGCAGCAUUCUUCCCCAAAUUCCCGACACACAGCGAAGACAACAGAUAUCACUUACAAGCUUUCCGUCACCUCUACGUAUUAGCCGUGGAGCCCAGACUAAUACUACCUCGGGAUUUGGACACAGGAAAAUUAUGUUAUGCACACAUACAGGUUAUAGACCUGCAAGGCGCUAUUAAAGAAAUGAAAGCACCCUGUAUAAUACCAGAGCUGGAUUCACUCAGAGAGGUCAAAAUAAAGGACCCCAGAUAUUGGCCCAUCACCUUCCAUAGAGAUCACAACUGGGGUCAAUUGAAAACAUUUCUCCAAUAUACAUGGUGUAUAGAUAUCAAGCAGCGCGCCGGCCGGCUGUCAUACGUGGACGACCCUGACGGAUUUCUAUCCAUACUCGCACAAACUCUCACUAUGGAUGCAAGCCCUUGGCUUCACGAUCACAUACAACUCUUCACUGCUGAUGAGAGAGUACGCUGCUUCGUGAAGCACUACUUAUAUAAAGACUUAGCCAACGAGGUCUGCGGAGAUUGUUUGUUCCAGAAGAAAAGGAACGAAGCGCUUCCGAAGAUAUGUGUGUGUAGACAGUACAGUGAUGAGGAGAAGGAGUUCAUGGCUGGACUAAGUAUGGUGGCUCAUGAAUGUGUUAUUAAAGAUCUGAUGUGUGCUCUGCCUGUAUGGACGACGUUCUUGAAGAUAAUAAAAAUAAUGAAGACCGAACCCUCAGCGUACAACAUGUGGCAGAUAAAGAUACUGCUCUCACAGAUAGAGAACCACAACAAACGGACCACCAGCCAGAUGAAUAUAGACGACCUCGAGCACAACGAGCCGCUCAUAUCAACCGAGUUCACGAUGGCGAUCAAACAGAAAGUAUUAUCGAUACUAGACAAGUGGGAGCCCAAGAUCACGCCGUACCUCCGCAAGUACUUAGGCCUACCCAGCAGUAGAAAGUGGAGCUGCGACGACGAUACGAAGCGAGCUCUGACGUCAUAUCUCGUGUACUACUCGCUACCACGUAACGUGCUGCGUGACGUGACCGACACGACACUCUGCGACACGACGUUAUCGUCGGAGGGCGUGUCCGCGGUACGGUCACUGAUCAGCUGA